UGGAGGCGUCACUAUCACAUCCCGUCUCCCGUGUCAAGCUGCACUAUUCCAGUCUUGACAUUGCGAAGAUGGAGGCUAUUAGGGUUUAAACCCAGGCAAUAACCUGGAGCACAAACUGCGCAUUUCGGAGACCUGCUAUGACAUCCCCAUUUGGGCCAGGUGUGAGUAUGAGGUGCGAGUAGAAGAGCAGCAAACGCCGGCACCAUGUACUCAGAGUGGCGCUCGCUGCAGCUGGUGGUGCAAAGCGACCAGGGCCACCUCAGUGUCCUGCAUUCCUACCCCACCAACGUGGGCACCGAGGUGGCCAACGCUGUGGUCAAGCCGCUCUGCACGGCUGUCAGCCCUGUCGCCACCGAGAACAUCCUCAAGACGGACAAGGAGGUGAAAUGGACCAUGGAGGUGCUGUGUUACGGCCUCACCCUUCCCCUCGAGGGUGACACUGUCAAGCUGUGUGUUGAUGUGUACACGGACUGGAUGAUGGCCCUCGUGUCACCCAGGGACUCCAUGCCUCAGCCUGUGGUCAAAGAGCCCAAUAUGUAUGUGCAGACCAUCCUGAAACAUCUCCACAAUGUCUUUGUGCCAAGGCCUGACCAGCACAGCUUGAAUCAUAUCAGGCUAUGCCAGCAAGUCCUGACUGCUGUCCAAAAACUAGCACGAGAAUCUCUUUGUAUGGUGAGGGAGACCUGGGAGGUGCUGCUACUCUUCUUGCUUCGUAUUAAUGACACCUUGCUUGCUCCGCCCACCGUUGGAGUGGGCGUGGCAGAGAAACUAGCCGAAAAGUUAAUGGGCGUGCUGUUUGAGGUGUGGCUUCUGGCGUGCGCCCGCUGCUUUCCCACGCCGCCAUACUGGAAAACGGCGAAGGAGAUGCUGGCCAACUGGAGACAUCAUCCACCAGUUGUAGAGCAGUGGAGCCGCGUAGCCUGUGCCCUCACCUCCAGACUUCUGCGCUUCACCCAUGGGCCCUCCUUCCCAGCUUUUAAAGUUCCUGAUGAGGAUGCCAACCUGAUCCCUUUAGAGAUGGACAAUGACUGUGUGGCACAGGCGUGGUAUCGUUUUCUCCACAUGCUCAGCAAUCCAGUGGACCUGAGCAAUCCGGCGAUAGUGAGCACCACUCCCAAGUUCCAAGAACAAUUUCUCAACUCCAGCAGCAUCCCACACGAGGUGGUUCUUCAUCCCUGUCUCAAGCAACUGCCCCAGAUUUUCUUCAGGGCCAUGAGGGGGGUCAGCUGCCUUGUCGAUGCCUUCCUUGGUGUCUCAGUUGAAAAGAGAGAUGUGCGGGAGAGGGUGUUCUCUUUUUGUCCGGUGCUGCGUUCCCAUGGCAUAUCCCGUCCUCGAGCUGACAGUGCCCCGCCCACCCCAGUCAACAGAAUGAGCAUGUCUCCACCUCCCUCCAUUGCCAACACCACGCCCCCUCACAGCCGCAAACAGCGGCACACGGUUGUCACCAAAACCACAAGCAAGAGUUCUACUGGUAGUGCGAGUCAACCAACAAAAGCAUCGCAGCAGCAACAGACCUCUUCGUCACCGACCCUGCUGUCCAGCCCAAACCAGAGUAGUUGGGAGUCGCGGCCGCUCCCUGCUCCGGCGCGGCCAAAAGUCAACAGCAUCCUCAACUUGUUUGGCCAAUGGUUGUUCGACGCCGCCUUGGUGCACUGUAAACUCCACAGCGGCCUCAGCCGAGACCCCAGCAUGACUGCAAUAGCUACACAAGUAGGACUGGAGCUGAGAAGGAAAGGUUCCCAAAUGUCCAGCGACUCAAUGGUGUCCAAUCCCAUGUUUGAUGCAAACGAGUUUCCGGAGAGCUAUGAGGCAGGCCGGGCUGAGGCCUGCGGGACUCUCUGCCGCAUCUUCUGUAGCAAGAAAACCAGUGAAGAAAUUCUGCCUGUUUACCUCUCCAGGUUCUACAUGGUGCUGAUUCAAGGUCUCCAGAUCUCUGAUUUCAUCUGUAGACCUGUCCUGGCCUCCAUCAUUCUUAAUUCUUCCUCUCUCUUCUGCACUGACCUGAAGGGCAUCAAUGUGGUUGUGCCAUACUUCAUAGCGGCUUUGGAGACUAUUGUACCAGACAGGGAGCUGUCCAAAUUCAAGAUGUAUGUAAAUCCCACCGAUCUGAGGAGAGCCUCCAUUAAUAUUCUGCUGGCAAUGCUGCCACUGCCUCAUCACUUUGGCAACAUCAAAUCGGAGGUUCUUUUGGAGGGCAAGUUUAACGAGGAAGACGGAUCGCCGCACGACCAGCCUGUGUCUUUUUUGUCCCUGAGGCUGCGUCUCGUCAAUGUUUUGAUCGGAGCCCUGCAGACAGAGACCGACCCUGCCAACACACAGCUCAUCUUGGGUGCAAUGCUAAAUAUUGUUCAAGACUCUGCACUGUUGGAGUCCAUAGGCACACAGACUGAAACAGGAAGCAUAGAUGGCAGUCACGUGACGGUGAGAAACCAGAGUCAUAGCAGAAAUAACAGUGGCAUUAGCUUCAGCAGUGGGGGCAGCACGGAGGCAACCAGCCCAGAUUAUGAACGUCCUGCCCAGGCACUCCUUCGAGACUAUGCUAACGUGGUUAAAGUGGUGUGCAGAGUUAAGAGCCGUUGGAUAAAAUAUCUCUCUCUUCCAGAUACAGCGGCAGGCCUGUUGGUGCGUAGCAUCCACCUGGUCACUCAGAGGCUCAAUUCCCAAUGGAGGCAAGACAUGAGCAUUUCACUAGCUGCCCUGGAACUCCUGGCUGGCCUUGCCAAGGUCAAGGUGGGGGUUGACUCCGCGGAUCGUAAACGGGCCGUCAGCUCUAUAUGCGGGUACAUUGUGUACCAGUGUAGCCGUCCAGCUCCUCUUCAGUCCAGGGACCUUCACUCCAUGAUUGUAGCUGCCUUCCAGUUUCUUUGUGUGUGGCUCACUGAGCACCCUGGCAUGCUGGAUGAAAAGGAUUGUCUGGUUGAAGUAUUGGAGAUAGUGGAGCUGGGAAUUUCUGGCAGCAAGUCCCGUCAGGAACAGGAAGUGCGACACAAAGGGGAGAAGGAACACAACCCCGCUUCAAUGAGGGUGAAAGAUGCAGCUGAGGCCACGCUAUCAUGUAUCAUGCAGGUCCUGGGAGCUUUCCCCUCUCCGAGUGGGCCUGCGUCCACUUGCAGUCUGCUCAACGAAGACACCCUAAUUCGCUACGCACGACUCAGCGCCACCGGGGCCAGUAACUUCCGCUACUUUGUCUUGGACAACUCGGUUAUUCUUGCCAUGUUGGAGCAACCUCUCGGCAAUGAGCAGAACCCCAGCCCGUCUGUUACAAUUCUGAUCCGAGGGACGGCAGGCAGGCAUGCAUGGACCAUGCAGCUCUUCCACCAGCCCAGAGGUGCUCGGGCCAGUCAAAGGCAGGUAUUUGUUCCCGAGGGCCGUCCAACACCAAACAACGAUGUCGGGAUCAAGUACAACGUCAAGCAGAGGCCGUUCCCUGAGGAGGUGGACAAGAUCCCCCUUGUUAAAGCCGACGUUAGCAUUCCUGACCUGGAUGACAUUGUUAGCAAAGAGCUGGAAGUUCAACAUGACAAGCUUCGCAUUCUGAUGACCAAGCAAAUAGAUUAUGAGAAUACAUUGGAGCGGCACGGUGACGACAUCUGGAAGUCCAAGCCUUUCCCUGACCCACAGAUAGACUGCAAACCUCCUCCGCCUUCGCAGGAGUUCCAGACAGCUCGCCUCUUCCUCUCCCACUUUGGUUUUCUUUCUCUGGAGGCGCUCAAGGAGCCCAACAACAGUCGUCUACCUCCUCAUCUGAUCGGCUUGGAGUCAUCCUUGCCGGGAUUCUUUGAUGACAUCAACUACCUAGACCUGCUCCCCUGCCGCCCGUUUGACACAGUCUUUGUUUUCUACAUGAGGGCUGGACAGAAGAGCAGCCACGAGAUCCUGAGGAAUGUGGAAUCAUCCGCUAGCGUUCAGCCCCACUUUUUGGAGUUCCUUCUGUCCUUAGGCUGGCCUGUGGACGUAGGAAGUCACCCAGGGUGGACAGGACACCUCGAUACGAGCUGGUCCCUCAACUCGUGCUCCGACAAUGACGUACAACAGACUGAAGAAGCAGCUACUCCCGAGGACACGGGAGGUGCAGUGUUCAACGGGGAAAAGAAAGUUUUGUACUAUGCAGAUGCUCUGACUGAAAUUGCCUUUGUUGUCCCGUCGCUAAUGGAACAUUCUGAGGAGUCAUCAGUCCACAGUGACUGCACACUGGAGGCCGACACCAACAUGGACCUUAUGCCCAGUAUACUCAAACAGCCGAAUCUCACACUGGAGUUGUUCCCUAAUCACUCGGACAACCUGGAGUCUGUCAAAAAGCUGAGUCCUUUGGUGAAGACCAAGAGGUCUUCAAGCGGAAAAUCGUUCCCACCACUGGGCCCAGAGACAAAGGUGUUUGUCGUCUGGGUGGAACGAUUCGAUGAUAUCGAAAAUUUCCCAUUGUCUGAUCUUCUUGGUGAAACCAGCACAGGUUUAGAAGCAAGCAUGAGCAACAGCACCUCCUGCAGAUCAGGGUUACUCGAGAAGGACGUUCCACUGAUCUUCAUCCAUCCUCUCAAGACGGGCCUCUUUCGGAUCCGACUGCAUGGCGCUGUGGGCAAAUUUAGUAUGGUGAUCCCUCUGGUGGAUGGCAUGGUGGUCAGCCGCAGGGCGCUAGGCUUUCUGGUGCGCCAAACCAUCAUCAACGUGUGCCGACGAAAACGCCUAGAAAGUGACUCGUAUAACCCGCCGCACGUGAGGCGGAAGCAAAGAAUCACGGAGAUUGUGCAGCGGUAUCGCAACAAGCAACUGGAGCCUGAAUUUUACACCUCCCUCUUCCAUGAGGUGGGAGAAGGGAAGCCUCACCUCUAACACAGUCCCUGCCCUGCCCUGUCUUAACACUGGCUCACAAGUGCACACAUGUACACAUUAACACACAUGACACACACAUAUGUAUGCUAUAUGUGCAUAAGUCAUCCACAACACAGAAUCUUUAUAUUUAUACUGUUCAACAUUGUUAUUUAUAUGAAUCCAUAUCUCAACACUGUCUGACUUGAGAGUGAAGUGUGAGAUAAAGGCUUCAUUUCGAGGUCACAACAGUUUAUUGAUGGUGUGAACGGCCAUGACUGUCAUUUCAUUCGGAGGCCGUUUAUACGUGACUUUAUUUUUUAUUUUUAACUGGACACGGCAAUGUUUUGUUGUUUGAGCCUGAAAAGAUAGCGCUAAUGUAACUAAAGUCUUGGCAUAAUCCCACUUACCAUUUCAGUGUGAAAAAGGUGGUCUGUGAAAUGAGAGGACAUACACGUUUGUUUGUGUGCUGCUGGGUGGGCAUUCACAAGUAUGUGAUUCAUGCUCGGGCUGGGAAUCACACUUCCUCAAGAUACAAUCUAUUGCCAGUGGUAGUGAUUGUAUAAAAAAUACAGUGAUUUUUCUUAUAUCGCAAGAAAACGCAUCACUAUCUAUAAGGCACGUGGAGUUAUGAUGUAAGUGUGUCAGUACAGUAUAGAGCGAUAAUGAUCGUUUGCCCCACAAUAAAAAUACAGAUUGCAAAGAUCUGUAAACAUUUUGGAAAGUAUUGUAAUAUGCAUGCCAGGCCACUAGUCGGCAGUGUUGCUUCAUUCCACCCUUGGUUUAGCAGCCAUGUCCAUUUUUACAAACUACCAUUUCUCUUUCUAAUGCUACAGUGUUAACAAACAUCCACUUUUUCCCCACAUGUCCUAUAGCUUUACAGCGUUUUGCAUUUUCAGGCUCUAAAACAAAAACUCCCCCAAACAUUUGUAUUCUGAAACACUAAAAUGCCCUUUCGGUUUCUGCUUUUGCAACAAUUUGUUCUCAUGCGCAACUGCAAUACAAAAACGUAAUGGUCGGCCUUCCGGGCAUCCUAAAAAUGUUCUUUCCGCUUGCCAUGCUGUGGUUUUCUUGUGGCCCCCACGCACUUGUGUCCCAACACACAUUUCCAAAGACAGGUGGUGGACUCUUUGCCAAGGUGGAAACAUGAAAUGUUUCCGAAUCUGCUGAUGCAGCAUUUCAUCAACACACUAAAGUCUUCCUUGUGCACACCGGUGGCCAUGGCAGCAGCUCACUUGCACACAGAUUGGUUUUGAAUGAUUGUUUUUAAUGGGUGGCGGUUUUAUUAUAAGGAAGUCGUUUUAUACUUGCCUAAACCGGCCCUGUUCUCAAGCCACUGCUGGGUGCCUGUGCUUCUUGCGUGUGUGUAUGCUUCACUAGCCAGUCAAACCAACCUAGAUAAGCGUACCCCCCCCCCCCCCGAAACGCUCCAUCAAUGGCAUUUAAAGACCACACUGUCAUUUUAAAGAAUGAAAUCAUACAAUCCCGUCUGUGAUGCUUGCCUGUCGUGAUCAGAGUUCACUGCAAAGAUAUAUAGUGUCUCUUUUUUUUAUUAAGGAGUUUUCAUGAGAUAAAGUCCGAGUAUUACUAGAGAAAAAAUAUUUUGCCACUUAACUCCUAAUAGUAGGACACAAGUCACAAUUGUACAAUAUAUUUCCUAUCUAACAAUGGUAUGUGAAGCCGUGUCCUUCUGAGGAUCAUGGCAACUUUCCCAAGCAAUGAAAUGGUGCGUUUGUAACGAGGACGCAAAGGCACGCUAUUACCCAAAGAUGACAUGGACGGUCAGAGAAAGAGCGACACCUCUAAAUGUUGGGUUCACUGUUUUGUGGGAAUUUUGGAUUAUAAUUCAUUUUUGUAACAAUAACAAUAUCUGAAGAAAUAUGACUUGGAACCCUUUAUGCAUUUCACGGAAGUCCCUAAAAUGAACCACAGCAGUUUGUGUGUCAUGUUUUGGCGAUUAAUGCAUUGGCUCAAGCAUUACAGCGUUAUUUCUAUACAUAUCAAAACGUCUGGCUGCAUAGAUCUAAUUUUUUACAUUCUAAGUAAAGACAAGUGUGCAGUUUUGUCCACACGUUAACUCCCACAAUUGUUUUGGGUUCAGUCACUGUAAUUUUGGUUCAAGGCCCCUCUCACUGCCUUGACUGUAACAAAUGUGAUCGUAUUUAUCACAAACGUGGAACAAGGCGAGUCUAUUUUGUUCUGUUUGGAAAGUCUGAAUGCACUGAGCACAUUCUAUGUUUAUUUUCUUAAUCCCGAUUGGUUACCUGAACAUUUCGCUGGCUCCUUUUUUUUUUUUUUUGUACCUUUUUUGAGCAAGUGUCUAUUUGCAAAGAAACCCCUGCUGAAGAAAGAGUUUUAUGGUGUGAAAAUGUAAAUGAAGUGGCGCUAUGGACUUUUUAACUUAUCUAAUUGUGUGUGACUUACUUUUUACUACGGUGCUUUAUGCACAUGCCUUUUAUGGGAAGGAGAAAAAUACCCUUUUAAAUCUGCUCGGAGGAACGCCCACAAACAAUCGAGAUGUCCCAACUUGUAUCCUGUUACUUCUUCACUGGUUGAUCGUAUUUAAGGACUUUUACCAUGUACAGAAACGAUGAAGGAUGAAUUGUAAAUAUACUAUAGCAGAAGGCAUUUACAAGUUGUCUGUUGCAUUCCUCACUUCAGGUGGGGAGACGGGUUGUGUAUGUUUUUGUGUGGGAGAAGUGCCGAAUGUAACAUGCACCCAUUAAAGCUAUUAUUGAUA